UACAACCCUCAGAAGAUGCCUAACGAGAACCGGUUUUUCAUAAAUAACUUUCGAAAGGAGGAAUAGUCCAUUUAAAUUUUGAGUAUUAUUUGACAGAACCAGAAUAAUUUAUUUACAUUUACUACUUUGAAUUUUUAGAUUUAUCGAGGGAAGUUUUCUUCACUCCUGAAAUAAUUGCUUCACAUUUCGGAAUCAUCUCGAAUAAGUGAUACCUAACUAUCACCAAUUUAAUAUUUUUUUUAAUGAAAGAACAAUUUUAUUAUCAAUACCUAUAGAGGGUAUAGGAGAAGGAGAUAAAUAUACCUAAGAGGUUCUCAUAUUCCAUUACUAAUCUUUAUAUUAAUUAUUCAUUUCAUGUCCCAAAAUAGUUAUCACCUUCUUUAUUAUGGAGUUAACUUCUAGUUAUCAUUUCUUUACAAUUAUAGAGUAUCUCCCGUUUCCAGUGGCGUAAGGCUUUUGGCGUGAUUCAAUUUAUUUAUUUCUAUUUUGUACAGUGUGCGCCAUAAUAUGUAUAGGUAUUAAUCUGAUAAUCGAGAAUAGCACAAAAAAUGCUCGUUUAUUUUCAAUUAUUAUUAGGUAUCUUAAUGUAUGAAAUAAGAAAAACCCCAGAAGGAUAAAAUUUGUUGGAGUCAUCGCUCGACUUCACUAAAAGAAGAAAAAUAAAAAUUUGUACAUUGAAAAUAAUUCGAAUAACUCGACUAUUAUUUGUUUUGUAACAGGAAAUAUAGUCUGCAAAAUAUUAUUCAGCCAACUUGGUUGUUCUGCAAAAGACCUUUCGGUAUGAUUUCAGAAUACACCAGGAUUCUAUAUUUGAGCUUCUUCUGGUUGCCAAAUAUUGUUCUAGUGAAUUUGAAGAUCUAUAGGGUUUUCCAACGGGAUAAUACAAUUUGAAAAUAGAAAAAAAUAUAUAAAUUGUUCAGUACGAUACAAAUCCGUUUCAAUUAUAAUUACUCCUAAAAAUUUGAGUAUUCUUUAUCUGAGACGACUAUGGUAAUUAUUAUUUCUUCAGAGGAGCAGAAUAAAAAUAACUUUGAUUAUUAAGUGAAUGAAAGUCGAGAUAUAAGUGUCAGUUUCAGUUAUUCAAAAACAGAAACUUUGUAUUGUUCGCUGAGAAAAUGAGCGAUUUGAAGAUUGCAGUUUUGGGUGCUGGUGUUGUUGGGUCGACAACCGUCAUUGAACUUAAGAAGGAAUUUCGAAAUGCUUCAGUGCAUAUAAUUUCUGAGAAGUUUCAGAAUGAAACGACAAGCUUUGUCGCUGCUGGAAUAUUUUCACCAGAAGGCGGAAAUCUGGCUGAAACCGAGCAAAGAACAAGAAAAUGGCUUGAUGAUUCCUACAAUUACUGGAAUAAUAUCCGGCUCUCACCUAACUCUCAAAAGGCAGGUGUAAGACAAUUGUCAGGGUAUGUCUUUUCCAAGGAUCAUCCACAUAUUGUUGAGAAUCCGAUGCUAGAGAAAAUUGUACCACUAUACAGAUCAGCUACUAAGGAUGAAAUGGAUAUGUAUCCUGGAGGCUGGAAGUAUGGUUGCUACUUCACAACUCUACAGACAGAUCCUACCAGAUACUUGAGGUGGUCAGAAAUUGUUAUGAAAGAUCUAGGUGUAAACGUGGAGAGGAGGAGAAUAAAGUCAUUCGCCGAAGUUCGAAACGAUUUUGAUGUAGUGGUUAACUGCACAGGUAUUGGCGCAAAGACUUUAUGUGAAGAUAAGGCUCUCUUUCCUCUGAGGGGACAAGUUUCAGUCAUGAGAGCACCAUGGAUUGAAGAAUUCGUUUUUGGUGAGUGGGACACCUACGUCGUGCCAAGUUUCGAUACAGUCAUAUUGGGAGGUUGUAGACAAUACGAGUCAUAUAACACAUCUGUCAACCGUUACGAUGCCCUAUCAAUGGAAGAAAGAUGCACAAAUAUGAUUCCCAGUUUGAAGAAAGGUCAGAUUGUCGAACGUAGAGUAGGUCUACGACCCUACCGAGUUCCAACAAGAGUGGAGAAGGAAUAUAGAUGUGUGCAAUCGAAAACUAUGAAAAUUGUUCAUAACUAUGGACAUGGAGGACAGGGAAUCACUUUCGCUCCAGGAACUUCUUUGGAUGCCGUGCGAUUAGUGAGGGAAAUGCUGACUGAAAAACAGAGCAAGUUGUGAAGAAUUGAAAUUGUAUGAUAGUUUUAGUGAUAGCCAAUUCAGAUAAGGUUCUGGUAUUAAUUGAAAGAGUGCAUGUUUUGAUUAAUAGGAACAUUCACUUUCACUCUCCUAAUCGAGUAAUCUAGAUCAAGCACAUUUUGUUUUCAUGUCCUAAUUUAUUCAAUUUGUCUGAUUAUUCUCGUAGUCUUAAGGUAGGUUGGAUUUUUGUUUGUAUUAUAUAGUCAUUCCUGUAACUCAUGAUUUUGUAGUUUUGACUUCUUCUCUAAACUAUAGAGAACUAAAUUAAUGCAUUUUAUCGCUCUAACAAUAUAAUUGGAUAUGAGCUAUGAGGUAUUUGCACCGACAGUAUCCUGUCAGCAGCUAGUGUCUCGGUUUUACAGCAUCUAGAGAGUUAUGUUUCCAAAGAAUCAAGCUACAAUUAGAAAAAAAUGCGAAAAUCGGUCAAAGGGUUCAAAGAGAACAUGAACCACAAACUUCGUAGAGAUUUUAUAUGUUUUUUGUCGAUGUGUAUGUGCAUUAUUAGUGCUUUUAUAGUUUUUCUUCUGCAUAUUUAGAAAGAAUAAAUGUUUAUCGUUCUUGAAAGUGAUUAUGUUAAUGAAUAGGACAAUAUAUUUUUUAUACUGGAAAA